AUGUUUUCCACUCUAAAUGAAGAAUCAGAUCUGAAUCGGGAGGCUGUGGAUGCCGGAGACGCGCUGGGAGGUUUUGUGUCAGCGGAGGAGCUGGCGAAACGAUUGAGUGAAGCGUUAAGUGUCGGAAAUGAAGAGGAAGCGUCCACAUUGAGUCGGAAGUUGUGCCGACUCUCUCUGCCGGUGUGCGUUAGCAUCGAAAGAAUGGGCUACACUCAGGACUCCAUUAAGCUGUCUGUAGGUGUGGAGUACGCACAAUCCGAAGACACAACACCAUUGACAGUUGUAGUUUCGUGUGGAAUGACAAUCUCUCAACUCAAAGAUGAGAUUCACAAGAACUAUGGCUUCUCUCAAGCAGUACAGCACUGGGUGAUCGGGAAGCGCCUGGCACGUGACGAUGAGACACUGUAUAGUCAUGGUAUUCGCCGCCACGGCGACCAGGCUUUCCUGUUUAUCCGGUUUCCUCAAGCUAUGCAUCCCAAGAGGCAGCAGCAGCACAACUUGCAGAAUCGCCUUGAGGGUCUCACAGAGUCAAGAGAGGUGAUUAAAGUAAAUCCUGAAGGGAAUGAUAGGAAGGAGUCCUCAUCAGAAGUAGUGCCGUCUGCUCCUCCUCCUCCUUCGCUUCUUCGUACUCCUUCUCUUCUUCGUCCUCCUCCUCCUCCUAAACCUCCCAAGCGUCAGACGGGCUGGGCGUGCCCAAGGUGUACAUUCAUCAACCAGCCAACUCGUCCUGGAUGUAGGCAGUGCAGCGAGGAGAGGCCGAGGGAUUACAGUGUCCCUGAAGCCCACAAGCCAGUCGGGGACGAGGCGGUUCGGAUUCAUCGGGAGGCGGCUGCUACGUUUCUUUUUAAGGAGGUGAAAUCAACUAACAAAUCCAGUUCUGUUCAGGAACAGUUUCAGGUAGCGGACCAACUGGAAGCCUUGCAAAUGCUGCAAACAGACAACCAACCAGAGACCAUCGAUCACAUUUACACCUCUCUUCAGGAUGAGCCCAAGCUGCUUUGA